UAUAUAGCAGAGAUACCAUUCUAUUGAGUGGCAAAAACGUGAAAGCAUUGAUCACCUUUGCUACCAGUUAUAUUCCUCGAGUAUAAAAGUACGACAUAAACGAAUUGCAUACAUACUUCAAGUGUACGUUUUAUGUGAAGAGCGUGGUUUCUUCCGUCCAUACUUCUAUAUUCAUUCUUGUACGAACAGUGUAUUACGCAUUAUCAUAAAACAGUGAAACGUGAAUGUCGAAGAUCAGAUGAAUAAAAGAAGAUAAACCAGUAUAAGCGAUCUCUUAGUGUUGCGUUGUAUAUAACAUCCAAACUUGUCUAUGAACGUGAAUUAUUUAAUAUUCUUUUCUUCUAUUUUCCCAUAAAUUAAUAUAAGGAAUACAUAAAGAAAAAAGGCUCCUAUCGCAAGAUCACAAGUGCUAUAGUGUCUGGCAAAAAAAUGAGGUUGCUAAUCGUAUCUCUAGUCUUUGUGGCGAUGAUCACUAUUGCGAAAACACAAAACGAAUACGCGACCAAACCAGGUUCGUGUCCACCUGCCUUACCUGUGCAGUUCUGCGGACGAUCCUGCUACAUUGACGCACAUUGCGCGGGAAUCGGCAAAUGUUGUCAGACUCGAUGUGGAGGCUCCAUUUGCUCCAUGCCCGUCACGAUGACGCGAUCCCAAACAGAGAAACCAGGAUCUUGCCCAUCGGUACCGACAGGAAGAUGGGUAUGCACAUCGACUUGUAAUGGCGACAACGAUUGCAAAGGGACAUUAAAAUGUUGCAAAAAUAGAUGUGGAGCCCUAGCCUGUCAAAAACCAGAAAUACAAGUACCCGAAUUCGUCGAAAAUCCAGUUGGACCGAUUGUUCCGCGCUUCGGAAAUGAUUAUAUUGAUUACUAUCCCUAAUCUCGAUUUUUAUGUGCCUAUUACAUUUAUAUAAUAAUUAACAAAUCUAGCACUGAUUUC